AUGGCGAAUUCGAACACACAAGAUUUGAUUGUCGAUGGUGCAGAAUUGAGUCAUCCGAUCACUAUCAAACGUGGUAAAACAUCACGUAUCCAUCAAGUUGUUGCGUAUCCAACGCAAUUAACACGAAAAACGACCAACGGUUUUGCGGAUGGAUCAACGACGCCAGACGACAAAACAAUCAAAAAGUGUCGAUGGCAUACGGCUGGUAUCAUCCGAUUUCAUCUGAACCCCGAAACGAAUCAAAUCUACGAGGCUCGGCCAAGUUUGCACGAACUCGAAAUCACACUUGAAUGCCUUCUCGAAGAAACUCAUAAAGAACAAUUGGCCAAACGAGCUGAACAAAUCUAUGGACUAGAAUUUUCAGCAGAUAAUUUUGUGAUUUGUCCAUUUCAAACCUUUAUGGCACAAUUAACAGUUCCCAUGGACGGUGUUCCGAAAACAUACUAUGGUGUCUUGGUCGAUAACAAAGAAUUGCAUCCGAUGCGAAUCAUUUUCGAAAUCAAAGAUUCAAAUGAAAUCAACGAAAUUACCUCGAAACUCGAUCACCCACGUGAUCAUGACAUCGUCUUGCGUUACGACUACAGUCUUAGUGGCACGUCGACAGCUCGUGCCGCACUGACGAUCAGUGCGGAGGAUAUCAACAGAAUCAAUCUGGAAAAGCAAGUGUUCGGAAAGAGUGAAGCCGACAGCAUGGUAGUCAGUCGAUCAGUCAUGGAUAAGAUCACUGCGAGUGUUAGUACACAAUUGCGGGUUGUCGAAGACAUCGGAGUUGGUGGAUCGUCAUUUGGACAAGAUUUGAUUCAACAGGAAAUCGCGCGAGCGAUGUCAUCGAGUGGUUUUCAAAAAUUCAGUAUGGAUGACAUCAUGCAAAUGAAAAACAAUGAUAUGGAAAUCAGUGAUGAUCUCAAAGCAAAUAUUAUUAACUUAACGUCGUCGAACGAAGCAGAUAGUUCAGCAGCAAGUCAUCACGACAUUGACCAAUCAUCAUCGGCGGAUUCGUCAGAUGUGUUGCACGAAAAAAGUGACUCGAACCGUAAAGCUGGCGGUCAAUCAACGAGUACAUCGAGCAGUUUUGGAUUGAAUGCAACGAUAGCAGGAUUCGGUGGUGGAUUCAAUACGAGUAGUUCCAAUUCUCAAUCGACGAAUUUCGAUAACGCGAAUAGUUCGGCGAAUAAAGAUCAUGAAAUAUUCUCGAACGAACAAUCCAAAUUGAAGGACACCUCCGCGAGUAAUUCAAGUUCGUCAUCGAAAAGCAAAACUGUUCAAGGUGAAAUUCGACAAGUAAAGAAUAUUGAUGCAGCGAUUGUUCGUCGAUCAGAAAUCUCCAAAGGUUUUACAAUUUCAUUGCAAAGAUUUCAUCAUCAAUUGGCAACGACGAGUAUCAAAGGUCGAUUGACAACCAAAGCAGACACGGAGAUGUUGGAAGAUAUUCAAGCGAAAGAGCGAGCUGAACGAGAAAAACAAGCCAAACGAGAAGAAGAGGAAAACCAUGCUAAGGAAAGAGCACUUCGUCAGGAAUUAGAACUAACGCCGCAGCAAAUCGAUGAUCUUCUACAUGAAAUCGAUAGUCUAGAUGAAGACAAACUAAAAGAAAUGUAUGAAGAAUUCGUCGUACUGUGUCCGAAUGGAAAAAUGACGAGAGAAACUUUUACUAGUUGCUUUCAAAAAUUACAUCCCACUGGAAAGGUGAAUAAUUACUGUCGCUAUGCAUUCGGCGUAUUCGACUCAGACAACACCGGAGCGAUGAAUUUUACAGAAUAUGUCAAAGCGAUGCAUGCACAUGAAUCCGAUGAUGUCGAAGAAAGUCUUCGUAUGGCUUUCGAUGUGUUCGAUUAUGAUAAAUCGGGGAAAAUUGAUCAGAAAGAAAUACUUCAUAUGUUAACGGCAACAGGUGAUCUUCUCGGUCAAUCGUUAGAAGCAGCGAAUGCGAAAGUUCUCGCAAAGAAGAUUUUGGAUGCUUGCGAUAAACAACGAAAUGGCAAAAUUACAAAAGAGGAAUUCGUUAAUGGCUGCAAGAAUAAGAAAGACUACUAUCAACUGUUAAUACCAAAUUCUGAAAAAAUUGCCACAGCUCUCGAUCCAAACUAUGAAGGAGAUUUAGACGACGGGAAAAAAUGUGGACAAGGUGUUUACACUUGGCCCGAUGGUCGUCGAUAUAAAGGUCAGUGGCAAGAUGAUAAACAACACGGAGAAGGUGUUUUCACCUGGCCCAACGGCGAUGAACACAGCGGAGAAUGGAAGGAUGAUAAACGGCAUGGAAAAGGUACGUUUACGUGGUCAGAUGGUCGUCGCUACGAAGGUAAUUGGGUGGAUAACGUUAAAAGUGGAGAAGGUAUCGAAGUUACAACUGAUGAUGACCGGUAUGAAGGCGAAUGGAAAAACGAUAAGAAACAUGGAAAAGGUGUUUACAUCUGGUCUGAUGGUCGGCGCUUCGAAGGACAAUGGAAAGAUGAUAAACAAGGAAGCGAUGGUGUUUAUAUUGAUCCCGACGGUAGUCGUUAUGAAGGUGAAAUGAAAAACGGUAUGAAAGAUGGAAAAGGUAUUGAAAUAGACGAAGAUGGUGAUCGAUAUGAAGGACAAUGGAAAAAUAAUCAGAAACAUGGAUAUGGGACUUUGACUAUGAGUAAUGGAUAUAAAUAUGAAGGUAAUUGGGAAAACGACGAGAAGAAUGGAAAAGGUACUGUAAUAGACGAAGAUGGUGAUCGAUAUGAAGGAGAUUGGGAUGAUGGUUCCAGACAAGGCAAAGGAACGGAAACUAAGAAGAAUGGUGAUCGAUAUGAGGGUGAUUGGGAUGACGAUUCCAAACAUGGCAAAGGAACAGAAACGAAGAAAAAUGGUGAUCGAUACGAAGGAGAUUGGGUGAAGGAUAUUCGACAGGGCAAAGGAACGGAAACGAAGAAAAAUGGUGAUCGAUAUGAAGGAGAUUGGGACAACAAUGAAAGAAAUGGAGAAGGAACUGAGACUUUAGCUGAUGGACAAAAGUAUUCUGGAAGAUGGAAGAAGAAUCGAAAACAUGGAAAAGGCGUUCAAUAUUACGGUAAUAAUCUGAAAUUCGAAGGCGAAUGGAAAAAUGGAGAAAGAAAUGCCGAAGGUCGUUUAACCUUGCCAACUGGAAUGAUUUACACAGGACAUAUCAGUGAUGACUUCAUUGAACAAGCAAAAAAUAAUCGUGCGCAAUGUGGUCGAGUUCAAUGGACUUAUUAUUCAUCUUAA